AUGGCCUCCGACGAAGGCGCCUCCCCGAAAGAGCAACUAAUCGAAGCCUGCCGCCGCAACAACACCUCUCUCCUGCAAGAAGUCUUCUCCGCCGCCCCGCUCUCCUCCCAGCCCGCCACCAUCGCCCAGUUCCUCAACACGACCACCGACGCCCUCGGCUCCAGCGCCAUGCACGUCGCGGCGCAGUACGGCGCCUACGAAGCCCUCGACCUCAUCCUCGACCAGGAAGGCGUCGAGAUCGACGGCCAGGAACGGCGAGAUGGGGAUACCUGUCUCCACCGCGCCGCGCGCUUCGCGAGUGGGAGUCAAGAAGAUUGGGAACAGGGCAAGGCCGUCGUGGAGAUUUUGAUCGAUGCCGGUUGCGAUCCGAGGUAAGUAACUACUACUACUACUAGUAAUAGAAGAAGAAGAAAACCGAUACCAUACGGGAGGUUCCCCCUCGAAAGCCAGACUAACACGCUCCCGCCCCCAACGUGACAGGAUACGCAACAACGCCAAACUAAAGCCCGUGGACCUGGUCGAUCCCCGGAACGAGGAAUUGCGGAAGAUCCUGAAAAAGGCGGAGCUCACGAUCCAGAUGAGUAAUGACUUGGUAGCAGAAGAAGAAGAAGACGAUGAUGGGGAGCCCGAUGGUCCCGGGAGCGAGAGCGACUGA